UUAUGAUAUGUCACUGUAUGUUUACGCUCAUGUUUAUUUUUCGUUAUGUUUAAUUUCAUAUUUUGUGAUUAUUUUGUCUCUCUGCAGCUGUGGGUCUCCUGUUGAUAUUUUUAUUUGGAGUCCAAUCACAGUUAGUUUUUGACAAAGCCACUCCUCCUUCUUCUACCGCAUAUAAAACACAUUGAUAUUGCCCACCUAAUCUUCUCUCCAGCCCUGUUUUGACUCAGUAAAGAAAUGCCGCAUAUUUCAACUACAAGUUUAAUGCUGUUUGGCACAGGAUUUUUAACACUUUUGUGUCCAGUGGUCAGUAUAGAGGUUCUGAAAGGAGAAAAUGCUGCUAUAUGGUGUGAACACAACAUCCAUGUUAUUGCAGACUUGUGCUGGUUCAAGCAAACAUCUUAUGUUGUACCAAGAAAAAUUGUGUGCAUGAAGUACACUCAUAGUUUUCAAAGUGGUGAGGCAAAAUAUUUCUCCAAUUUCACAAUAAAUCAGAUGAUCAUGCAUCUGUACCGUAAAUCCACCUCUUUAACAAUACUGGAUGUGAAAGUUUCUGAUUCUGGCUUCUACUUUUGUGGAGCUGCUGAAUAUCAAAUGAAAUUUGGCAAUGGAAGCAGACUUGAUGUGAAAGAUAAAAAUGACACAGAAACCUUGAAAAAUGAUCAUGAUAAAUCCUCUGUGUCUGUUGAUGAUUGUUCUGGAAACAUCUUUUUAAUCUUGACAUUCAUAUUUGGUGGAUUUAUUAUUUUUACUUUCAAUAUUCUGCUCAUUUGGGCAAUUAUCAGAAAACACAGAAGACUGAAACAAAGAAAAGCGGCUGAACUCCAAGAACAACAGCAAGAUCACAAGGAGCAGGAGUCUGAUUCAGUGGAAUAUUCUGCUGUGCACUUAUCAAAAAAGAAACCCAAGAGAGCCGAAGAGCGUACUGAUAUGUAUCAGAUGUAUACUGAUGCCACAUGAUGCAUAACUCACUUAUUCAAACUUUUGUUCAUAAAAUAUUUAUUUUUAUAAUCAGCACGUUACUGUUACUAUUACACUCUAAAAAGUGCUGGGUUGUUUUAAUCCAGGGUUUGGUCAGUAUUGGAAAACAGCUGGUUUAUUGUUAUUUAACCAUGAGUUAAAACAACCCAGCACAUUUUGUGCUAUUCAUUUAUUUAUUUUGAUACAUGCUUUUUGCUAAUCCUGAUACCAACAAAAUGCUGAUAUUGCUGAAGUUAUAGUAUAGGAAUAUGUGUAAUAAGUGAGUUUUAUAGAGAAUAUGGUCAUAUUAGACAGAUUUGAAUUGGUCGGGGCUGAGUUUGUCCCUUUUAGACCCAACGCUGGGUUUUUAAAUAACUAAGCAUUUUUACAGUGUGUGUUUGCCAAGAACUGCUGUUUUGUUGUUGAUCGACAGGUUUGGCAUAGUUUUAUAAAAUAAACCACACCCCUUUAAAUAAAACCACAUUACUCUCCUUCUCCUACAGUAGUUUGGCAUUUUAACACUUAUAAAAGGUUUUAAUGGAGCAGCUGAAGCUGUAACAUGCAACCAUUCACUUGCAGGAUGAACAAAUAACAGCCAAUAAUGUUAAUACAAAAGUCAAUUAAUCAGAAAAAUUAUUUGUAAAAUCGUAAAACACAUUAAAUAAAUUAAGUUGUAAUUAAAUACAUGUUGUUUGAAUAAACAAAAAUGUUUAUUCAUGUCAUUUGAAUUUCUGGUUGAAUGUGUGUAAAAGUCUACUUGAGCUGCAUUUCCUGAGCUUGACAUUGGUAACCAGCCAUGAGUUUCAUGACAGCCAUAAGUCAUUGUGCACAUCUAGCCUGUAUGCCUUCAGUUUGAGGUUUACCAGAGGACUUAUGAGGUAGGGUGAGUCAAGUUUAGGUGUGAUUCAUUCCGGCCCUUUCACAACACAAGAAAAUGUU